GAUGGCGGUAGUUUUCAAAACAAAAUACACGCGCCUUUUUUACUUGAGUAAAUAAUCUAACCAAUUAAAAUAAAUACCGGUAUUGAAUUAAGUGUAUAAAUAUUUAUUAUCGUGUGUUUACGUUGAUAAGCAACAUCAAGGGCGUUUGUGUCAUCCAAGUGUAAGAGAAAUUGUUUCAUAGCAGCGUCACUGGAAAAAAAAUCAAGCAAACAAAAGAUAAGUAAAUAUUUACAGUAAUUAAUUACAAGAGCUCAAGAUGUCAACAAAACGUGUAAGUCUAGAUGAAAAACGUUCACGUAUGCUGCAAUUAUUUUACGAAAAGAGAGAAUUUUUUACGUUAAAAGAAUUAGAGAAAAUAGCACCCAAAGAAAAAGGAAUUGUCUUGCAAUCAGUGAAAGAUAUUAUUCAGGCUUUAGUUGAUGAUGGAUUAGUUCAAACAGAUAAGAUUGGAUCCGCUAUUUACUUUUGGGCUUUCCCUGGAGAAAAUAUAACGACAAUAGAAAAAAGAAUUGCGGAAACGGGAAAAAAUAUUGUCGCCGCGGAAUUUAAAUUACAAAAACUCGAUUCUGAAAUACAAAAACUACAGGAAGGCAAAGAUAAUAUUGAAGAAGUUAAAAAAAUUAUUGAACAAAUUGAGCAAUUAAAAGCCAAAGAAGUUGAAAUUAAAUCACAGAUUGCUAAAUUUAGUGACCAUGAUCCGGAAAUUAUUGAACAAUUAUCGAAAAAAACUGAUAAAUAUAAAGAAGCAGCAAAUACGUGGACGGAUAAUAUUUUUGCGAUUCAAAGUUGGUGUAAAAAUAAGUUUGAUAUAAAUACAGAAGCUUUGAACAAACAGUUCCGUAUUCCAGAGGAAUUAGAUUACAUGGAAUAAUUAAUAAAUCAAUAACACACUUACCAUUCAA